CGCUAAAUGGUACACAGUUUACAGACAGUUCUGUUGGAUCAGAGUUCACAGGUGUUUCUCAGACACCAUUUACCUUUGGCUUGGGUCAAAGGGCACCAUAUACAACUGGCGAGCAUUGUCUUCUUUGUAGAAGUGAACGAAAAGAUAGUUCGCUUUCAGAGAGCGGAAUAAAAAAUUCUAGCAAAACAGCACUUUCCACAUCUCCAAAAGCAAACAAUAUGCUGCAUCUUCCACUGUGGGUGUGUCCAGACUGUAGGCGAACAGUCGAAAAGGAGGAGAGGCAUGCUACAAUAGAGCAAUCUCUUGUGAGCCAAGAUUUCCUUUUGCACAUGCCUCUUGGAAACAGUGGAUCACAGCAGGAAUCUGUAGGAGGAGGAAGGAUAACUGUUGGUGCGCAGACAGUGCCUGCUGCCGAUCUUAACAAUUCCUCUCCUUCAGACAUAGCAUGCAACUGUGAGGCCUGUAAUGAGCGCAGAGAAAUUUCAGCAGAGACUGAACGUGAAUCUCAGCAGCUUCAAAAUUACUGGUCAGAAGUAAGAUACAUGGUUCGAUGUAUAUAUCGCCAAGCUGGGACCCCUUUGGCAGACGACCAAGACCAAUCUUUGGUACCAGAUAAAGAAGGAAUGAAAGAGCUGGUGGAUAGGCUUUGUGAAAGAGAUCCAUAUCAGCUUUACCAACGGUUGGAACAGCAAGCUAGAGAAUAUGUACUUGAAAUGAAGGUCCGUCUGCUCAGACACUUGUCACUGGGAUCUAAAGUUGCAUCAACAUUAGCAAUACAAGGGCCACCGCAGGCACAUCAGUUCAUCUCACUCCUACUUGAAGAAUACAGUGCUCUCUGUCAGGCAGCAUGCACAAUCAGCGCCUUCCUAGUUACUCUGGAAAAUGAACAUUUGAAGAAAUUUCAGGUGACGUGGGAAUUGCACAACAAACAUCUGUUUGAAAAUCUGGUAUUUUCUGAGCCACUCCUGCAGAAUAGCUUGCCAACAUUAGUGUCACAGCUAAGGCUUGGAACAACACACGAUUCCUGUAGUGAAGAUAUGUAUAGUACCUUGCUACAAAGGUAUCAUCAGCUGGAACAGGAAAUGGGGCAAGUUGCUGAAGCAUGGCUCGAAUGCCAGAAAAGAAUAGAUGAUUACGUUGAUGAACAGAUGGCAAUGAAAACAAAACAACGCAUGCUGAAGGAAGACUGGGAAUUUUUUAAACAGAGACGUUUUAUUGAAGAGCAGCUUAAUAACAAGAAAGCACUAGCUGGGGAAAACAACUUCACGGAUACAAUGAGGCACAUGCUGUCAUCACGUUUGAGCAUGCCUGACUGUCCCAACUGUAAUUAUAGAAGAAGAUGUACUUGUGAUGACUGCAGCCUUUCACACAUUUUGACGUGUGGCAUCAUGGAUUCUCCUAUAACGGAUGAUAUCCACAUUAACCAGUUACCACUGCAAAUUGAUUCUGCUCCGGAUUAUCUAUCUGAGAUCCGCCCACCUAGUAUGUCUUCAGCAAGUUCAGGAUCGGGUUCCAGCUCACCUAUAACAAUUCAGCAACAUCCAAGGCUGAUCCUCGCAGACAAUGGUUCUGCACCAACUUUUGGUAGUGAUGAUGAAGAUGUUGCACCAUUAUCAGCAAAGUUUGCUGAUAUCUACCCAUUGAAUAAUUACGAUGAUGCAGAAGUAGUAGCCAACAUGAAUGGAAUUCACAGUGAGCUAAAUGGCGGAGAUGAAAACAUGGCAUUGAAAGAUGAGUCUCCUCAGGUGAGCAGUACUAGCAGCAGCUCCUCAGAAGCAGAUGAUGAAGAAGCGGAUGGAGAAAGUAGUGGUGAGCCACCAGGGACUCAGAAGGAGGAAAUGUCUCUAGGAAAAAGGGCAUUAAGGAAAGAUGAAGCAAAAAUGGAUAGUCCACCACCUUCUUACCCUAGUCAACAGGCUGACCAAGGUCCAAAUGCUUGUGAAUGUCAUGUUUGCAAACAAGAAGCUUCAGGUCUAACAGCCUCUGCACUUGCAACUGGACGCCUGCCUGCUGGGCAUCAGUUUAUGAAUCCUGAAAAACCUGCACAUCCUGCACUUCAUCUUUAUCCUCAUAUUCAUGGACAUAUACCAUUGCAUACAAUUCCCCACCUUCCUCGUCCGCUUAUCCAUCCCACCUUGUAUACAGCUUCCCCCUUUACACAUAAUAAGGCAUUACCGCCAGCUCCAGUUCAGAAUCAUUCAAACAAGCAUCAAGUAUUCAAUGCAUCUCUCCAAGAUCAUAUUUAUCCAAGCUGUUUUGGGAGCACUCCAGAUUGGAAUAGCUCUAAAUUUAUAAGUCUCUGGGGAUCAGAGAUGAUGAAUGACAAGAACUGGAAUCCUGCUACGUUUUUGCCUGAUACAAUUCCUGGGAAUGAUAUAUUAACGCCAGCACUCUCAGAAAUAAGACCUGAAGCACUUCCUACCACAUCUAGCAAUGAAGGAUCAGCAGUUACUGAUGGCAAAGAAAAGAAAAAUGCUGCAAAGAAGAAAUGUCUGUACAAUUUCCAGGAUGCCUUUAUGGAAGCUAACAAAGUUGUCAUGGCAACCUCUUCUGCUACUUCUUCUGUCUCCUGCACAGCUACUACAGUGCAGUCAAGCAGCAACCAGUUCAAAGUAUCAUCCAAGAGACCUUCAUCAAUAGGUGAAGUGUUCCACAAUAUUAAUAAAGAGGACCAUAGACAUUCUGCACCAGUUGCACCACGAAAUAGUCCUACCAGUUUAGCAUCGCUUCCUUCGCUGUCUCCUGCUGCACUGUCUCCAGCUUCUACACCCCAUCUUCCAAACCUUGCUGCUCCUUCUUUUCCCAAAACUGCUGCAACAGCCCCUGGAUUUGUGGAUCCCCAUUCAGGUCUUUGUCCUACUACGGUUGUACCUCCUACUUCCACCACAGACAGCUCUGUAAGUGCCCCACCAAGUGUCUGCAGUGAUCCUGAUUGUGAGGGCCAUCGCUGCGAGAACAAUAACACUUACGAUCAUCAGCAGUAUGAUGGAGAGGAGAGCCAAGAUGAAGACAGCUGUUCAGAGCAUAGCUCAAGUACCUCAACAUCCACAAACCAGAAGGAAGGAAAAUACUGUGACUGUUGUUACUGUGAGUUCUUCGGCCAUGGCGGACCACCAGCUGCACCAACCAGUAGAAAUUAUGCUGAGAUGCGAGAAAAACUUCGUUUACGUCUGACCAAAAGGAAGGAGGAACAGCCCAAGAAACCGGAUCAGAUCUCUGAAAGGGAAAGUGUUGUUGACCAUCGAAAGGUGGAAGACUUGCUACAGUUCAUAAACAGCUCUGAAACCAAACCAGUUAGCAGUUCUCGGGCAGCCAAGCGAGCAAGACAUAAGCAAAGGAAGCUUGAAGAAAAGGCUCGACUUGAAGCAGAAGCCAGGGAAAGGGAGCAUCACCAGUUGCUUGAAGAGCAGAGGAGGCGAGAGGAGGAAGAAGAAGAGAGGCUGAAACAAGAACUACAGCGGCUUCAAGAACUUCAGCAGUUGAGGGCUGUAAAGAAAAAGAAGAAAGAGCGAACAAAUAAGGACUGUCAGAAGGUGGACGUGCUUACUCAAAACUGCCAGGCAGCAAAGGAAUCUGUCCCGAAUGCACCCGAAGACAUUCAGAAUGGUACACUUGAGCAAUCAGAAAAGAUAGAAACCUCCUCUGGUUCACUGUCAAGACACGUGAAUCACACAGAACAGAGGCCGCUUUCGGAGACAGGCUGUGAACCAUCCAAUGCUGUGAACACUAGAGACUCAAAACUGCUUUAUCAGAAAGAGGGGAGCGUAAAGCAGCAUGAGCCCCUCUCUUUUCUGCUUGAUAUUAUGCAUCAGCAUAAAGAAGGAAACAACAAACAGAAACUAAAGCAAAUAAACAAACCGUGUGCUGAACAAGUGAAAAAGCCUGUUGAAUCCUCCAAAGCAGCUGAGAUUCAGACUAAAACCAGAAACCAAAUAGAAUCCAAAGCAAAAGCAGCAGAGCUCCCAGUGCUUGCAGAACCUAAAAAAGAAGAGAAGAAAUUAAACAACAACAACAAAAAACAAUUGAACCACAUAAAGGAAGAGAAAGCACCCAUCACAAGUGAAUCCCCUUCACCAAAUGAGCAGCAGCAGAAUAAUAAGCUAAUACUUGCAGAUUCUCCUCAACCGAAAGGCAAGAACAAGAAAAACAAGAAGAAAAAAGGGGACAAAGUCAACAAUUCCAUUGAUGAUGUUUUUCUACCCAAAGACAUUGAUCUAGACAGUGUGGAAAUGGAUGAAACAGAGCGAGAAGUGGAGUAUUUUAAAAGGUUCUGCUUGGAUUCUGCCAGACAGACAAGGCAGAGACUUUCCAUCAACUGGUCCAAUUUUAGCUUGAAAAAAACCACCUUUGCUGCACAUUGAAAUGACACAAUAUGGGGAGGGAAUCCUGCAGGAAUCAAUGAACGACAACUCCACUUACCUGUCCUGCUGUGCUGAGAGCUUAUCUGGUCUUGAGCCAGUGCUGCCUUGCCUUGUCCCCAGUGCUGUGUGGAUCUGCACUGAACCCUUUGGCCUGAUAAUUCUUGCGGACUGAAAAAUUGCCACUUUCUACCUGAAUUUGUUAGCUUGUGUGCUUGUAGUCUGUGAGUGAGACUUACUUGAUUGUAGCUGUAUGCCGUUGGAGAUGAAACAAUAGCUCUUUUCCAUCUCCUUCUGAAUGCCUUGGCCUCAAAGACUUUAAAUUGCUUAGGCUUGGGUGGAGGCCAAAAUACUAGUUUGCAUCAUCUGCAGUGGCUCCUGUCACUUCUGCAUCUAGCUAUGUUUUGUCAUUCUGACUCCUGACAAAGGAAUGGACCUAGUCAGUUGUGCUUUCAUCUGCUCCAAAAUUCUCCUGACAUGACUUCAUGAAAAAGAGGCUCUUACAGGACAAGUGUUUCCUCAGUUCUUUCACAAUCUACUGUUUAAGAGUGUACAAGUUACGCUAUUUGUGUUUUGAUUAUUUUUUUUUCCUGACUUGUAGCCAGCUUGUGUAAGAAUACUUGCAGAAUGAGAAAAUUUAAAAAAAGAACAGUACUCACACUAUCGAAUCUGUUAUAGAGUGUAUAAUUGUAUUAACACUGAAGCCUAACUGGCUACUUUUUUAACAUAUUGUUAAGUAAUAUUAAAAUCAUGUCUUUCUUUUUGAAAGAUGGAAUACAUUAGUAUGGCAGAAGACCUGUGUCUUGCUUUUUUCUAUGGGGUGGGGUAAGGGGAGAAACAAAUGUACUUGGAUAGAGUGGUAUUCUAAACUAAUUCUAACCUUCUGUCAGAAUUGGUCAGUGAGUGUUACUUAAUUUUAGUAUGUUUCUCUAGGAACUCUUGUUUUCCACUUCACAUGAUGGGAAAAGCUGUCUGCUAGUGCAGCAAAGAUUCCUGCUGAAUGCUGGAGUUUUGUGAAUUCUGUGAAUUACUAUAAUGCUUCUAUUUUAAUAGAUACUUUGAGAAACAAGGUAAUACAAAUAUUUCCAAUGUAAUAUUAGUGUAGAAAUGAAGUAGGUAGGCUCAGUGUUAACUAUUGUGUAAGUAUUUAGCAAUUUAGUGGUGUUUUACAGGUUGCAUAGUAUUUUAGUCUUGUUCUGUGUAAAGAUAAUGUACUUAGAAACGUUCUUCUGAUACCCUACUACUUAGAAUAGAGCUACGUUUCAGUUGGGUGACCAUAUUUACCCAAUUUAUAAGGCCAGUCUUCCAUUUUAUUUUCCUUACAUGAAAUUUAUUUUCUUUACAGAAAAUAAAACUUCCAUUCAAUAUACAUUUGAAAGGACAGUGCAGUUUCAAAGCCCACUAGUUUCCUUCUCCAGAACCAUUCCCAUGCCUUUUUUUUUCUUCUACUUGCUAACAUGUUUUGUGAUAUAGCUGCUGGGCUUGAGACUGCUUUGCAAGACACAGUACAACUACACUUGGCUUGAGCCUUGAGAACGUUGAAUGAAUUGUUCCUUCCGUUUCCCCUUUAAGGCCAGUAUGUAGCAGGAGGGCUGGGUUGGCUACAAACCACUGAGAUACCUACAAUUUCAUAUCCCUUUUCUGCCAGUCCUGGAGCUCCCAUUCUAGAUUGUGCUGCUCGUUCAGAAUAUACUUGCUCAGUUUACAUUCAGUCAUUGUAGGUAAAUGAGAUUUCAGCCUUCCUUAUUUGGAGGAGAGGAUGAUACAAUAUCCAGUAUCAAAUUACUGACCUGGGGCUUAAAGGGGAAAACUUUUUUGUUACUCUUCAGGUUCAAGUUGAGGAGGAAAGUAAUAGCUUAGCUUCAUCUUUUUUAAUGGAGUAUCGUAACUUAUAACGGAACAACUUAAUAUUUUUUUUACCUGUGCUGAAGGAAGAGCAUCUCAAACCUAAAAGCUAAUAUCAAUGCCAUUGAGCUUUUGCUGUCUCUGCAAAUACUGUGUACUUUUCAAAAUAUCUGCAACAAUUGCUGGAGAAGAGUGAGCUUUGCUGUUUCUUGGGACCACUGGGACUUGCAUCUGUUGCAGCCUGAAUUCAGUCUUAGUUACAUAACAGUUUAGAUGCUUUUAAUACGGCACAGCGGCUAUGAAAAAUGCUAUUAGAACACCUAAAGCUGAAUGUGUUGGGAAUCCUUGCAGGUUUUCUCAGUUUUAAACUAUAACACAAGGUGGCAGUGUAUGUUAUCACUUGUACCUUCUAUGGCUGAUCUAAAACUGGGGCACGGAGUGGAAAAAUGAGUUGAUGUCAUGUGACCAAACAUUGAUGCAGAUUCCAUUUUCUCUAGAUUAGAAAAGCUUUGAAGAAUACAGAGUUAUUUUUAAUGGGGUUAGAAAACUCCUUAUAGUUUCCACUAAUAAAUUGGGCAAAAGAGUAGUCUUUAUUCUUUGUUAACAAAGAUGUUAUGAAUACGUGACUAUGACAUGCUUUUCUUUAUUUUGAAAUCCUCAAUUAGGAGAACAGAAGGACUCCUUUGGAAGUCCUAGGGAAUGUAUGUCUGCAUUAAUUAUCUUUUUCAAAUAUACUUGCCUGAAGCUUCAUUGUCUGUUAUCAGUAUAACUGAUGUGAUUGCAUGGAGUGCACAGAAAGCACGAAGAACAAAUCUGAACGGAUCUGUUGUUGUUGCACCUUGAUGAGAACUUAAAGGCGAGUCUUGUUUUUCUCAGUUCUUAAUUAAGUGAAGAGAAGUGCAGAGCGGUCUGGGAGGCAUGAGAUUUAAAAGUAAUAAACUGAGUUCUAUGAGUUUUGUGGCCUUGGGCAAAUGAGUUAAUUACUGCCACUUUGCUCAUUAAAUGGUUUUAAUAAGGAUUUGCUGAAUUAUGAGCAUGUUUCUCUAGUGCCGAAGUAGUGAUGUGAAAUCUGCUGAAAUGCAACGCUAAGGCCUCGUAUUGGACACAAAAAUGCUUUGCGACUUCAGAUGUGUUAAAUCCAGAGACAGUACAUUCAGGUAUAACUUUCAGUAGAAGAGACCUCUAAAUACAUUAUAAUGGUGUAAAUUUUUUGCUGUUGCUCUUUUCUGAGGCAACUGUUGUUCAAAGGAAGAUGUCUUCUCUAUUUUCUUUUCUGUUUUUCUGACUGAACCAAGAAAUAACACCAGACCUCUGGCAUCAUUUCUAUUCCUCACAUUUGUGUGUUCAGUUUCAGCUUUGCUGCAGCUUUUAGCUGCAUUGUUGGGCCUCCUCCAGCUCAGUGCUUAGAGAUAUUGAAGAAAGUACCUGUCAAUGCACUCUGAAUAUAUAUAAGCUGAUGAAAAAUGCAUCAGGAUCAGAUUCACAGAAUGGCUGAGAGUAGCUUGGGCCUCUGGUCCAACUCCUGCCUCCAGCAGUGCCCUCCAGGGCAGGGUGUCCAAGCCCCCGUGCCCAGGCAGCUUUUGAAGCUUUUCCAGAAGGACACCCCACAGACUCCUUGGGUCCUUGUGCCAGCUUUCCACCUGCAUAAUAAAGAAGCAUUUCCUGGUGUUCAGAUAGAUCCUUCAGUGCUCCAGUUUAUUCCCUCUGCCUGUUGUCCUGGCACUGGGCACAACUAAGAAGAGCCUGGUUCUGUCAUUCCUUCAGG